AUGAGCACUGAAGAACCGAAGGACCUGCUGAAGAACGUGGACUGGAAGACCUUGGGGAGCACCCCCACAGAUCAAGCUCAAGCUCGAGCUGGGGGGCCUGUAUUUAAGAAGAGGCUUCCGAAAAGGCUCCGACAGGUCCCCGACUACUAUUUCCUCCCACGGAUGUCCACCUUCUCCGCAAUCGCCAUGACCACCCUCGUCUGUGCUGCUGGCGUUGGAGCGGGGAUGCUGGUGGAGGUCUGGAUAAACAAGAAGAUCGAAGGUACAUCCGCUCUCGUUGACCACUUUCCACCUUGAGGCUGAUCAUGUUCGUGCAUGCGUUGACCCGGAUGACCCACUUUCGGACAGUUUCCACUCUGGUUUUGGGAUGGGUAGUGAUCUUCAGAGCCUGUUCUUUAUAUGCCUAGUCAAUGGGGAUAAUAUCAUUUAACUGUUGUUGAGGUAAGCUCUUCUCUGGUACUUGCAGAGGAUGGUGGUGUCAUCUGGGAGUUCGACAAGUGA